AUGCCUUCUUCUUCUUCUUCUAUAGCCAUGUCCUUAUUUUCUCUCUUCAUUAUUUCUCUCCUCUUUUCAAUUGUUGAAUCCAUAGUCCCAUCUUCAGAAACAUUCAAGUAUGUCAACCAAGGAGAAUUUGGUCCGUACAUACACGAAUAUGGUGCAGACUAUCGUGCUUUACCACGUUCCAAUCAACCAUUUCAGUUAUGUUUCUAUAACACUACACCUAAUGCAUUCACACUAGCCCUUCGUUUGGGCACUCGGCGGUCCGAGUCACUCAGGCGCUGGGUGUGGGAAGCCAACAGGGGCAACCCUGUUGGUGAAAAUGCUACCCUCACCUUUGGUCCUAAUGGUAAUCUUGUCCUUGCUCAUGCAAAUGGCAAAAUUGCUUGGCAAACAAACACUGCCAACAAAGGUGUUGUUGGUUACAAAAUCCUCUCAAAUGGCAACAUUGUGCUUUAUGAUGCAAAGGCCAAAUUCAUUUGGCAAAGUUUUGAUUACCCAACUGAUACCCUCUUGGUUGGUCAAUCUUUUCGCGUUGGAGGUUCCAUUAAGCUUGUGAGUCGAGCUUCUGAGACGAGCAAUAUAGAUGGGCCAUAUAGUUUAGUGAUGGAGCCCAAAAGAUUGGCAAUGUACUUCAAGAGUCCAAACUCUCCUAACCCACUUCUCUACUCCUCAUUGGCCCAAUGGUUUAGUUUCAAAAAAGGGUAUUUAGAUAAUGUGACUUUUGAUUCUUCUCCUGAGUUUGAUGCAAACCAUGCUUACACUUUGACUCUAAAUUUUCGUGUAGCGAAAUCUGAUACUAGUGGAAAUGUCAUAUUAAGUAGGCCUAAAUACAAUACCACAUUAUCAUUUUUGAGGCUUGGGAUUGAUGGAAACCUUAGAAUCUUCACUUUUGAUGAUAAUGUGGAUUGGGGAGCAUGGGAGGAGACUUUUACUCUAUUUUCUAAAGAUUCAUUGUGGGAAACAGAGUGUCAAUUACCAGAGAGGUGUGGUAAAUUUGGGAUUUGUGAAGAGAAUCAAUGUGUUGCUUGUCCAUCUCCAAGUGGGUUUUUGGGUUGGAGCAAGAAUUGUGAAGCUAAGAAGGUAAAUUCUUGCAAGGUUAAUGAUUUUCAUUACUAUAAAAUUGAAGGGGUUGAUCAUUUUAUGAGCAAGUAUAAUGAUGGACAAAGAUUGAAAGAGGAUGAGUGUGGAAAGAAAUGCAGUAAAGAUUGCAAGUGUUUGGGGUAUUUUUACCAUGGACAGAGUUCGAAGUGUUGGAUUGCUUAUGAUUUGCUUACCCUUGAUAAGGUCUCUAACUCUACUCAUUUGGGUUACAUUAAGGUACCAAAUAAGUAG